CCGUAAACUAAAACCCCAGACUCAGAGAAAGACGUGAAGAUGAUAAAAAACCCAAAACCCUACUCUCCUUGUAAAAUCAUACUCUUCUUCUACCUUCUUCUUUCUUCCAUUUCUCUAUACUUCAUUCUCUCUCAAAUGUUGAAGACGGAUUGACUAACAUGCGCCUGGUUUUGAUACCUUAAAGAGUAGGAGAAUUUGUGGAGUUUAUUUAAGUGGAAAUGAAGAGGAAAUCGCCAGCGCAGCUUCAAGCUCUUGAGGAAUUUUAUCUAGCAGGUCAAAUGUAUCCGACUCCUGAGGAAAUGGAGGAGUUGGGUAAAACUUUAGGGUUAACAGUGAAGGAAGUACGUGGAUGGUUCAAGAGAAGAAGUAGACUGAAAGGCGGAAAAUCUCUGCCGAAUGAUGGGUUGGGAGCAAAGAAUCCUCAGUCAUACAAUAGUUCUCUCACGAGAAGUUCGACAUCUUCCAGAUGCAAUUUUGGAGAAGCUGCUGAGAAAAGAUGUAAUGUGGGAACAAGGAAGGCCAGUUGUCAGAAGUUGUUGACUUCACAGCACAUUUUGGCCAAGAUUUUUCGGAAGGAUGGUCCAUCGCUUGGUUUUGAAUUUGACCGUCUUCCAUCUGGAGCACGCAAAGCUUCUUGGCUGGAUUCUUCAUCUGUCGAUCAACAGAAACAGAGAGUGGCAAAAAAGAGAAAGAUUUCCGAGCUGCUGGAUCACACCAGUCAGGAUUGCGUUAAAAAGAAUGCUACAGUGAUGAAACAUGGUAUUGGGAAGGGUUUGAUGACAGUAUGGCGGGUAAUGAAUCGAAAUAGUAAGGAUGUAUCUCCUUGCGUUGAUUUAUUUGAUGAUAGAGCAACAUUACCUCAAAGCUCAGCACGUAAUCCCCCAUAUCAAAAGAUAAACAAAAGACAAUUAGCAUCAAUACUGAAGCAGAAACUGUUGCAGAAGAGGUCGACGGAAAGGAAGAAGUGUUCUAUAAAUAGAGAGGCGGAAUUAAACAAUGUUGACGCUCUAAUGGCAUUCAAAGAAAAAUGUGAGCUUGCCGUGGACGGGGAGGAAACCUGCCAAACAAUUUCGAUCCUAGUGGAUGACGAGGAGUUGGAGAUGCGUGAGCGACAGGAGGGAGCAAAUCCGUUGACAUGUUCAUGCCAUCUUCCUAAUAGUGGAUCUCAUGGUUGUUUUCUUUGCAAAGAUUUAUUGCCUAAGUUUCCACCAAAUUCUGUUCAAAUGAGGGUGCCUUUUGGAUUGCAUCCGUGGAAUUCUUCUCCAGAGUCUGUGAAGAAACUGUUUAAGGUUGUCCAUUUCCUUUAUACUUAUUCAGCAACUCUUGAUAUAUGUCCCUUCACACUUGACGAGUUCACAAGAGCAUUUCAUGAUAAGGAUUCGUUGCUCCUUGGUAAAAUUCAUCUUUCCCUGCUGAAGCUGCUUCUGCUUGAUGUUGGAACCGAGCUGCAAAGGGGAUCAUUUUCAAAUUUGAGUAUAUCAUGCAAGUUUCUAGCCCUGCUUCAGUCGGUGGAGAGCCAAAUUCUUAUUCUUGAUCUGUGGAAGGAUUCAUUAAACUCUCUUACAUGGACUGAAAUAUUGCGUCAGAUAUUGGUUGCAGCUGGUUUUGGUUUCGCGAAGUGUGCUAUUCAAUCAGAAGAAUUAAGUAAGGAAAGGAGACUCAUGAAAAAGUACGGCCUUCGUCUUGGAACAUUAAAGGGUGAAUUAUUUAGAAUGCUUAAUGAGCAAGGCAAUAAUGGCUUGAAAAUAUCUGAGUUAGCCAAUGCAGCAGAGGUUGCUGCGCUGAAUCUUGCAACUGCAUCAGAAGAACGAGAGCGUUCAAUAUCUUCAACUCUGGCAAGUGAUAUUACAUUAUUCGAGAAGAUAUCUGAUUCGACAUACCGCGUACGUGUUAAUUGUUUCUCUGAGGACCCUGACAAGAGCCAGUCUGAUUCGGACGAGUCUGGGAGUGUUGAUGAUAAAUCUGAUGAAUGCGCAUUUAGUUCUGGUGAUGAAAUCGAGCAUGUUUCAGAAAAUCUUGCAUUUCGAGUUAAGUAUAGUAAAAGGCGGAAGCAUAAAAGUAAAAUGGUGGAAGUAUGUAGUGAGAUUGAUGAAAGCCAUCCUGGAGAACCAUGGCUGUUGGGACUAAUGGAAGGGGAAUAUUCAGACUUAAGCAUUGAAGAGAAGUUAGAUGUUAUUGUGGCUUUGAUUGAUCUUCUUAGUUCAGGUUCCACAAUCAGAAAGGAGGAUCUACCGAGAGCUAUGGUUGACUGUCCCCCUAGUAUCUAUAGUCAUGGUUCUGGUGGAAAAAUCAAGAGAUCCUCCUCUAAUCAGUACAGCCAUCAACGCUUAUCAUGGGUCCAUGGAGGAGAGCUUCAUGGAACUAAAGAGCUAUCUAAAUCAUCUGAUUCGCACCCAGUUGACUCUUCGUCAAAUGUUGGGGCCUUUGCAAAGUUGGCUGGAGAUAAACGUAAAAAUGUCCACCCUAUGCAAUCUGUAUACCUUGGUUCUGAUCGUAGGUUCAACAGGUACUGGCUUUUCUUAGGCCCGUGCAAUCCGAAUGACCCUGGUCACAGGUGUGUGUACUUUGAAUCUUCUGAAGAUGGUCACUGGGAAGUUAUCAGCAGCAGGGAGGCUUUGCGGACCCUGUUGUCAGUUUUGGACGAUAGGGGCACACGGGAAGCUCGACUUAUUGAGUCAUUGGAGAAACGGGAAAGUUUUCUUUGUCAAGCUAUGUUGAGUAGCCAUGUGACCCAGUUGGAGACGGGGCAUUUCACAGAUAUAGUACGAGAGGAUAGUUCUUCACCGGUUUCUGAUAUAGACAACAACCUAUGUCAGAAUGAGAUUGCCAGUGAUCAGUUCUCCUCGCAACAUGCGGCAAUAGUAUUUGAGAUUGGAAGUAAGCGGGAGAAAAGCCUAUUAUGGAGCCUUCUGCAGGAGUUUGAUGAAUGGAUAUGGGUUAAUUUUUAUUUGAAUCUCAAUGCUGUAAAACACAGCCGAAGAUCCUACCUUGAUUCACUUACUAGGUGUAAGAGUUGUCAUGAUUUGUAUUGGAGAGAUGAGAAGCACUGUAAGAUUUGCCAUGCUACAUUUGAGCUUGAUAUAGAUCUUGAAGAAAGAUAUGCGAUUCAUGCGGCCACAUGCAGGAAGAAUGAAGCCAGUGAUACAUUUCCAGAUCAUAAAGUUCUAUCUUCCCAGUUGCAAUCAUUAAAGGCUGCAGUGUAUGCCAUUGAGUCUGCUAUGCCUGAAGAUGCCUUGAUUGGUGCAUGGAAAAAGACAGCCCAUAGGCUAUGGGCCAAAAGACUUCGACGAAGCUCAAUUUUGUCUGAUAUUACGCAGGUGAUUGGCGACUUUGUUGGGGCAAUCAAUGAAGAUUGGUUAUGGCACUUUAGUGGUGAAGAGAAUUCUAGUGCUUUAAUGGGAGAAGUUAUAACUAGCUUCCCUUCUCUGCCUCAAACAACUUCUGCGAUUGCUCUCUGGUUGGUAAAAUUGGAUACCUUGAUUGCUCCUUGUGUGGAAAAAUCUCAACCUGAAAGGAAUCGAUGGUGCAUGACCAGAAAUACAAGUCGGCGAGCGUUUAAGCAGUAGUACUCUCAUCUGGACAUCAUGGAAGGCGAUAGGUAGGCGGAAGAUUGUAUAGAGAGGAAAUGUUUUGUUGCUACAUUAUCCAAUAACAUUGGAAAAUUAUACACUCCAAGUGACUUGAUAAAAUAUGUACAGACAUUUUAGGAAAUAACAGGUUCACAUUCAGUUUUAUGUUUGUCUUCAAUGAUUCCUUAAGUUUUCAUCAUCUUUUGUCUCUAUGGAAAAGUUGUUUUAUGUUUUA